GAUAACGAUUGAACGAUUGAUGAUUUUUGAUUGAUAAAAAAUGAUGAAUAAUUGUGAUCGAAUUGAUCAAAAUCUGAGUUUUUCACUUUUGAAAUAAUUUAUUAUGAAAAUGUACGCAAUAAUUGGUUACUUUUAGUCGUGUUUCCAUUCCUUUCUGAUCGCAAUACAAUCGUAUAUCCUUUUCUUAGCGUUUAAACAUGUUUAAAAUGAUAAUAGUGUAGCACAAUCUCAUAACAAAAAUGUCUAGAAGUUCGAAUUUUUCGUAUAAAAGUUCAAAAUCCGAUCCAGGAUGUCUUCCUAUUCCCAUAACUCGAAGGACUUGCUCUACUGCAGCAGUAAAACUAUACAGAUACCUUCGGAAAUUAUUCAAUUUCAAUCAAAUGGAUUUUGAAUUCGCUUCUUGGCAGAUGAUGUACUUAUUUGUUAAUCCACAUAAAGUCUAUAGAAAUUUCCAAUACAGAAAUGUAACUAAAUCACAAUUUGCGAGAGACGAUCCAGCAUUUUUAGUUUUAUUAGCAGCAGUGCUAUUUGGUUCAUCAAUCGGAUUUGCUAUGCUUUUACGUCUAGAUAUGCUAGGUUUUUUGAAAUUUUUUCUAUAUUUCGUUCUCGUGGACUGCAUUGCCAUAGGCAUUUUUAUUUCUACUUGUUUAUGGUUUAUUACUAACAAAUAUAUGGUGAAACAAAGUUGGCUUGGCUACAAUGUUGAAUGGGGAUAUGCAUUUGAUGUUCAUUUAAAUGCCUUUACACCUUUGGUCGUUAUAUCUCAUAUGAAUUUAUUGUUUAUUCAUCACAUAUUUGGCAGAGGGAACCAAUACUUAUUUAUAGUUAGGUUCCUAGCUAAUUCAGCUUGGUUAACUGCAACCUCAUUUUAUAUUUACAUAACAUUUUUAGGAUAUAAAUAUUUACCAUUCUUACGUGGAGCAGAAUCGUUGUUGUUACUUAUAGUCUUUGCAUUUUUCGUAUAUCUAAUUGUCAUGAUUACUGGCGGUAAUAUGAAUGAAACUAUGAUGGAUUUCUAUCGGUAUAUGAUUUUCUAAGGGCAUUGAUGAUAUUUUCCAAUUGUGAUUCUAAUGUAAAUAUCAUUUCAUAAUAAUAUUUAUGUCUCGUAGAAGUAUAUGAAAUUUGUUCUUUUUUUUUAAUGUUAAUAUUUACAUGUAAUUUUGAAUUGUAUGAUUGUUUGUUCAUUUCUUUAUUUUUUUUCAAUCACUAUGAAAACCAAUAAAAUAAUGUAAAAUAUCA